UCUACCUUUCUGAUAUGACACUUGCACAGUGUUCCUGUGUUCUACAUUUUGCGAAAAUGUGCCGUACCGUUCACUUGAGGAGCCUCAUUGUGCUGAGUGUCGCUUUGCUCAUUCGCGACGUCGACGCAGAGAGGAGAAUCUUACCUACGUCGGUAGAGGUCCAGGAGGGCCAAGAUGUCCAGGUGCAACUCCUGCAGAUUUUAAAGGACGAAACAUCGUGUUACGUGAGGACUCCGCUUCUUAACACGUGCAACCUCAAGGUAGCCGGCAGCGAGAAGAAUGCCAGUUGCGACGAUAGAAUGUACUAUUGGCCGGUGAACGGUGCGUGCGGCUUCUACGUGAAGAACGUGCAGAAGCAGGAUCAUGGGUUUUGGAGACUCAUCUCACAGAACGAAAACUCCAAAGUGGUGGACGUCGUCAUGAUCACGGUGUUAGAUCAAUUCGACGCAUCGGCGGAAUCGCUGGAGAUAACAAAGGGGAUGACAUACACGCUCACGUUCUCCGACAUCAACGAAUACUGCAUAGUACGGAAUCCGCACGAACCCUUCAGCGUGAUUGUGAACAAUGUGUGCGGUGUGGAAAUCGAAAAGGUGUCCACGGUGGACCAUGGAAACUGGAGCGCCAUAAUUGGCGUGAGGGGCCGGAUCGAGGAAACCAUGAAGAUGAUCAACGUGUCCGUGUUCUCUGAACACGUGAGUUCCGGGUACACCAUCUCUGUUGACCCCGAAGCCGUGCAUUUGUACUGCAACUACCAGGCACUGGACAAACACUUGACCCUGUGCAGAUUCACGAAGUCCUCAGUCGACCAGGUGGGAUUCAGACUACGCGAAGGUAUGCGCAAAGGCCGAUACGAGUAUUACGGUAGCGGGCUGGAUGCGGGAGAAUGCGGCCUGACGAUUCAGUCUCCGGAGGAGAAGGACUACGGGCUUUGGUACUGCCUGAUCAAUACGCCGAAUAAGUCGCCUAUCGUGACAGCCAUAAUGGUUUCGAGGACUUUCGCGAAACGAGCCGCGGACAGUAUAACUCUCUCGACCGCCACCUCGCCUGUCAUCACGACCGAAGGAAAGUUUCUCAGACUGGAAUGCUCCUUGAGCGAGCCGUUAAGCUACUGUUGGUUCUCCGAGCCGAACGGGAAGAUUCACCAGACCACGAAUGAGACGAGUAUGGCACUCAGUAACGGUCCACAGGUAAAUACUUAUUGGUUCGGUAACUGCUCGAUCGAGAUUCCUGAAGCCAACAAGGACAAGCACAACGGCACAUGGACUUGCCACAUGGGACCCGCUUCACCCGGCAUAGAGUUUAUCGAAGAGAUCAACGUUCGGAUAGCAGAUACAUCUCUGGCGGCGGUGGAAAAGUUCGUGUUUUCCGUUGACGACGACAAAGUCAUCUUCCACUGCAAAACCGUGCCGCACGUGAUGGCCCUCAAUUACUGCAGGUUUCAAUUGCCGAUUGGAUUCGGCAUACAUGUCACCGAGUACAUCACCGAAAGCAAUCCCCUCGUGCAGGACAACGUGCGUUAUUGGUAUAACGGAAAGGGCCUCGCGGCUGGCGAUUGCGGAUUGGUCGUCGAACCCGCAACUUCGAUACACAACGGAAACUGGACAUGCGGGGCGAAAAUUGAGCUCAUACCCGGCGAUAGCGAGUCAUUCGAUACGAUUUAUUUCUCUUACAAUAAGCCCCACAACAUGGGUUUAAUUACAGACAACACUUCGGGUAUCGUCGGCAUCGUUUUUGGUUCCCUGGGAUUCGUUGUAGCUCUGGGAAUCGUGAUAAUGUUCGGUAUCAGGUUCAGAGAAACAUACCGGCAGCACCCACAGCAAGCUCAGGAUAUCGGCGAUUUUAUGCAGAUGCCAGAAGAGCUCUCUCUAGAUACAAUAUCGACCAACGCUUCGAGUUUCAAUAGACAAAAUAUUAGCAGAAGCAGCAAUAAUAGCGGCAAUAGCGGCGGUAACAGCGAUAGAAGUAUUAAAAGUAGUAGAAGUAAUACCACUAAUACCAACAGUAGUAACAGUAGCAAUAUCCUUUUCCAGCAGCACCUGUAACCAACAAUUUCCGUUACGUAGUUAAAUUAUACACGUUACAUCGCUGGGUCUGCUGAUCGAUAACUCUAACG